AUGGGUUCCGCCGCUUCAAAGCCUGCCCGGUCAGCUGCUGGAGCAGCCACUCGCCAAUAUCCUAAAAAGUCUGCUCCUCCGCCAAGGACACCCGCAGCAGCGCCAAAGAAAACCCAAGAACCAAAAUCUACAUCUGGGCCAGCCUUUAAACCACAAGCUCGAGCUCCAGCUCCAGCCCCAGCUUCAGCACAGGGACCAAAAUAUCACUCAAAAGAACAACCCUCCAGCACAAAAAACAACGCAAUCGACCUCGACGGCCGUGACCCCGACUUCGCCGCCUCCCUCCGCACCAUUGGCCCCGUCGACCCAUCCGGCAACUUCUCACAUCCCAACCCUUAUAACCGCGGCACCGCCCAAACCGUCUUCCCUACAGCCUCCAAUCCAGCUUUGCUAGUGAUCACAGCGCGCCAGCGCAUCACAAAGGCCGCGCAAGAGGAGAGCAUUGCUGUUGGAAAUGGGGAUUUCACGGGUCGACAAUUCCUGGAUUCGUUUACUAUUAGCCAGGCGCUGGCGAUGCGCGAUCAGCAGGGGUUGUCAAGUAGGGAUAUUGAGAGGACAUUGAGGUUGAAGAGUGGGACUAUUGAGAAGCUUGGGAGAAGUGGGAUUGUGUCCCGGGCUUCUUAA